GUGCCCGCAGGUGCCAUCUUGUCCCGCCUGUCCUGUGUGCUCGUUGACGUGCGGGUCGCCAGCGCCGUGCCCUGGGUGCUCGCUGCAGUGCCCAGCGAUCCCGCCGUGCGCGGAGGUCGCCCCGGCGGUGUGCCCUUCGCCGCCGCCAUGCCCGACGCCGGCGUGCCCGGCGUGUCGGCGCCGUCGGCGGCGGCCGUGCUGGUGAGCGACGUCGCCAUCGACCUGCGCUCCCUGGCCGUGGGCCUGGUGGGCGGCGCAGUGGGCUUCCUGCUCGCCGCGGCGUGCGUCGGCUUCUGCUGUGUCGUGCUGCGGAGGGCUGACCGCGUGAACUACACGGCGGACGGCGAUCCAUACACCGUCGUGUUGGCCAACAAUGCUGAGGUGCAGGCGGCACGUUUUGGUGCCUUCGACUCGUCGCCUCCAGGGAUCGCGGGCAUCCAGGUUCAAGGGUCGAGAGCCGAGCCGACGGAUUCGGAGCUGGCCCAGUGCACGUUGGAGGCGGAGCAGAUCGCCACAGCGGAGUGCUGCACCAGGGCUGCGGCCGUCGGCGACCUCGGCCUGCUCCCCAACCUGCGGUCGUUGGUCGGGCCAGGGGGAGGAGGAGUGGCUGCCCCCAGCGCGUGCGCGGGCCCUGUACUGGGCUCGCGGUGCGGAGCUGCCGUGCUUCCCGCGGGUGCGCCUGGAGGUGACCUUGCUGGGGUGCGAGGGGCGGCCGCUUCCGAGGGUGGAUGUCGGAUUGGCGAUGAGGUGCUUGGGCGCGAGGCCCCUGCAGCUCGAGCCCUGGAUCGGGAUCUGCAUGUGGUGCCAGACGGCCAGGGCUUGCCCGUGGAGCUGGGGCCACCGGCCGCUCCCGAGGCCUUCCUGCGUAAAGCUGUUGAUGCGGACACCAGGAUCCUGCCCAUUGUUCGAGAUGGGCAAGGUCGAGGCGGCGCCCCGUGGCACAAGACUGAGGAGAUGACCCGCCAGGAGGAUUUCGGCUCGGACGGGUUGCUGCCGUGCCCGAUGACGGCGGCGGGGUGCAUGAGCUACCUGCAGUGGGAGGGCCUCAGCACAGAGGGCCAUCACGAGCACUUGACGCAGGUCUGUAGGCUCGCCGCCACGGAUUGGGGAGUUCAAGUACACUACGAUCUGUGGCAGCAGAUCAGGGCGGCCACCAGUCAGGGCCUCCUAGACGGGGCUAACCUCACCAGCAUUGAGAUGAAGUUUGGGAGGCGUCGGACCUUCGAGGUUGCCCACUGGGACAAGGCCGUAGACGCCGAGUGCAAAGGCGUCGGUGGCAAGAUGAGUCUGAAGGGGCAGGCCGCUGUCUCGGGGUUUUCGCGUUCAACUUCGUCGGUGACGGGAUCUCCAGGAUUGAUCGAGCUGGUCCGCAGUGACUUUGAGAAGGGGGCGAUGCUACACAUGAGUCUGCGCCUGGGCCGCGAGGAGCGGGAGUCCAGGCGUCGGCCCCGGGACAUUUUGCCACUGCCCUAUUCCUCGUUCGAAGAGCCGCUGGAUAAGGCUUCUAUCAAGGAGCUCGCCCGAGGUACGAUGCAGAGGAUUGGGCGAAUGCUUGGUGUCUGCAACGAUGUCUAUGCGUGCGUGGACGCUUUUAAUUGGCUUCAUGACCCGUCCCUCCGUUGUGGGCGUGACCGUUCUGCACGAUACGUUGGGCCGUCACUCGCCCAGAGCCAGUGCCUAGCCCGCAUCUCCGAGUCGGUGCGCAACCUUGGUCCGCCGCCGUCGACUCCUUCUCCCGCAGAAGCGCUGGUGCAGCUUCGCGUGGCCGGGGGUGCCUACAACGUCGAGCAGUCGCCCCUCGGGAGUUGCGACCCCGCGCUCCUCUCCUUGCCGGACGUCAGUGCCGCCCCUGUGCCGCUGGCCGACGUGUGGGGGGAGGGCGGGCUGCCGCUGGCCGUCGUGUGGGGGGAGGGCGGGCAAGCCAAGGUCGAACAGUUCGUUCUGCAGAGCUUGAUGGAUCCGAGCGAGGCCGAAGCCAGGCUGAGGCAGAGCUCUAUACCUGUUCCCUACUCUGACCCUCUUCUACGUGAUCAGCGGCGCUGGUCCAGUUUUGUUCAGUUACUGUACGAGCGGCGCCUAGUCGACUUCAGCCUUGAGGACGGUGUUCGAGCCGAGAUUUUCUUUGUGAAGAAGAAGGGGGGCACCCUUCGCAUGGUGGCGGACUGCCGGCGCUCCAACGAGGUGUUCACCGAGCCCCUGGGCGCGCGGCUCGCGACGGGCGACGCCUUUGGUAUGCUCGAGAUGGCGGCGGACGACUCGCCCCUGACGGUGGAGGGCGCCGACCUGAAGGGCGCCUUCUACCACCUGGAGCUCCCCGAGCAGCUCCCCUCCGCCAAGCUGUACCCGCGCCUCAGGGUCGUGCCCAUGGGUUGGUCCUGGGCAAUGUGGUGGUGUCAGUCGGUGAUGGAGCGAGUGGCAGAGGCAGCAGGCUGUGAUGAUGACGCACGACUUCGAGAUGGCAGGCCCGCUCCCUCGCUGGACCCAUCGUGCCACCUGGAGUACGUCGACAACUUCGUGAGCAUCGGCUACGACGCGGAGGCGGUUCGGUCCGCCGUGACUCGUGUCAUGACGGAGCUCAAGCGUCGGGGCUUGGUGGUGACCAGGGAGGAGCACCUCGGUGACAGCGAGGGCGAGCAUGCGGUGCUGGGUUGGUCCAUCACUGCGGCAGGGCGUCUCUCGGCGUCUGCUUCGAGACUGUGGAGGGUGCGGUUAGCGGUGCGUGGUCUUCUGCGCCGGGGCCGUGCCAGUGGUCGUGACCUCGAGCGCGUGCUGGGCCACAUUAUCCUCGUCGCUCUCGUUCGGCGUGAGGGCUUAAGCAUCUUCGAGGCGAGUUUCCGCUUUGUCCAGAAGUGCUACCACCAGCAGGUGCCGCUCUGGUCGCAGGUCAGGCAGGAGCUCAUGGCCUGGGAUGGCGUCGCUCCUUUGCCGUGGCGUGAUCUCCGUGCCCAGUGGUCGUGUUCCGUCGGCUGCGUCGACGCCUCCCCUUGGGUGUUGGGCGCCUGCGAGGCUGAUUGGGAUGUCGGCGCUGUUCGGGAGGUUGGUCGUCGUAGCGAGCGGUGGCGCUAUGGCAGGGCUGAGCGCUUGCCUCCUCGUCGCCGGGCCCUUGCCGCUGAAUGUGCCGCAGACGGGGUCGCAGCCUGUGACCUGGGGAUCGUAGCGGCCCAGCUCGAUCCUGGCUGUCCAGCUGGGGACAGCCAGCCCGUCGGCCCGCCUGUGGAGCACGACCUGCUCGCCUUUCCCGAGGUGAGGCAGAAGGAGAGCCCCAUAGGGAUCCCGAUCAAGAUCAGCACGGACCAGCACUACACGGUUCUCAAGAGCGGGGGGGGCGCCCGCAAGCGGCCAGCCGCGGCUGCGAGCUCGCCGCUGGCGGGGGCCUCCCUGGUCCGUGGGGCUCGCAGGGCUGGCUUGCAGGCGCCGACGCCGCCGGUGCUCCAGGCCUCGCCCGCGAGCCGCCGGGGCUCGAGCGGUGGCCCCACGCCGCAGCAGCGGGCUCGGCUGGACCAGCCGCCAGCCGGCAUGCCAGAGCUCAACGCGGCGUCCGUGCGCACGGCGUCGGAGCGCCAGGCUGACCUCUCGAUGCUGGUGGGCUUCGACAACUGGACGAGACAGCCUCUGCGGGCUAUGCAGGAGCCUGCCCAGAUGGACCGAGCGGUCUGCGAUUGCAUCAGCCAGCUCGUCGAGCGGGGGGAUCACCAGACCUACGCCAACCCUAUGAUAGCGGCGCUGGCAGGGCGCGUACCGCGCUAUGCCAGGUCGGGCCAGUUCGAGCUGCCGCUGUCCAAGCAAUCCGCCAAGGUGUGGCGCAUCCUGGCCCCUGCUUGCGGCCGAAUGGCCCCUCCGUGCGAGGUCGUCGCCAUGGUGGUCUACGGCGUGCUCCAUGCAGUCGGCCAGCGCAGUGUGGCCAACGCAGGGCGGGGGGCUGUCGCCGCCCUCGCCCUCCGCAAGCUGGGCGCCUGCCACGGCCUCCAGCUCCGCCGCUCAGGCCCAGGCCGCGACUGCGCAGCGGGGCUGCGCGACCUGGAGCAG